UCAAUUAGGGAAUAACAUCGCUACUAGGCAGUGUCAAUUGAGCUCUACAUGAGCCGAGCUCGCUAAAUUGCGCCCAUGGGGUUACUUGACCAGCUCUGGGACGACACCGUUGCCGGCCCCCAGCCGGACAGUGGCCUAGGGAAACUCAGAAAACACGCCACCUUUGGCUUCCGGCUUAACUCCGGCAAGGAUUCAGAAGCUGCGAAUCCAAGAUCACUUGGAGAUGAAGCGGGUGAGGAUGCAGUGAGGGUUACAAGAAGCAUUAUGAUAGUAAAGCCUCAAGGUGUUCAGAAAGGCUCGCCGCCGGUUUCGCCGGCUGCCUCCACAUCUCCGGUGUCUCCUUUCGCCGGUUCCGGUGCAGGGGGAAGAGAGGCAUUUCGGUUUCGUAGGAGGUCUGCAUCCUUCGCUUACGAGAAGGCUAGCGAAGUUGGACCCAGGAGCCCUCCCCCUUACGACCUGUGAUUAACGAUAUCGAGGCUUCGAUCCUUUUCUCCCUUGAGGCUGCUCUAAAUGUUAUAUUGUUUCUGUUUAAGGAUCUUUUGGGAAGCAAAAGAGUAUUAUGUGUAGUUAGAUGUAUAUACGCGACGUCCAUCCACCGCAUAGUGUUAUUUUGAGUGAGGCUGUUUGAGUUCAAAGACUCGAGAGUUGUAAGGAGUUCACUUCUUGUAAAAGGGUUUCUCCAUUGCUUUACAAGUUUAGUUUCUGUUCUCUUUAUAUCUUAUCAUGAGUAAGAAUUCGAUUUCACU